UGUUCCUCGCACCCCUCGGCCUCUCCACUCCGCUCUUCCCCGUGCGCUGAUUGUCACACAUUGUUUACUACGGCUUGAAAUGUGACUCACAACUACAAGGCUAUCUGCUGGAGUUUACCGCUCUGACAACUGAAGGGAUUCUUUUGACGCGCGCCGUGCGUCUUUGGCUAUCUGGGGGACAGGCUGUGGAGAAUACCCUUUUCUGCCAUGACAGUGGAUUUGUUUGCGCUUUUAUGCGUGCUGGUCGCCACAUCGUCUGCGAUGGAAGAGACCGUGAUGGACACUCGGGUGGCCACAGCCGAACUGGGCUGGACAGCAUAUCCUAAUUCUGGGUGGGAGGAGGUGAGCGGCUAUGAUGAAAACCUCAACACCAUCAGGACCUACCAGGUGUGUAACGUCUUUGAGCCCAGUCAAAACAACUGGCUCCUCACCACCUUCAUCGAUCGCCGGGGAGCACAGCGCAUCUACGUGGAGAUCCGCUUCACCGUGCGCGACUGCAGCUCCAUCCCAAACGUCCCCGGGUCGUGCAAGGAGACGUUUAAUCUCUACUACUAUGAAACUGAUGCUGUCAUUGCCACCAAAGGCACGGCCUUCUGGAUGGAGGCCCCUUACCUCAAGGUGGACACCAUUGCUGCUGAUGAAAGCUUCUCUCAGGUGGACUUUGGUGGACGCCUGAUGAAGGUCAACACAGAAGUGCGAAGCUUCGGCCCGCUGUCUAAAAAUGGCUUUUACCUGGCCUUUCAGGACUAUGGAGCCUGCAUGUCUCUGCUGUCAGUCAGGGUGUUUUAUAAGAAGUGCCCAAGUGUGGUUCAGAACUUUGCAAUCUUUCCAGAGACCAUGACGGGGGCUGAAAGCACCUCUUUGGUCAUUGCCAGAGGCAUCUGCAUCCCCAACUCAGAGGAAGUAGACGUCCCUAUAAAGCUCUACUGUAACGGAGAUGGAGAGUGGAUGGUUCCUAUUGGUAGCUGCACUUGCAAAGCUGGCUUUGAACCUGACAAUGGCAAUGUGUGCCGAGCAUGCCCACCAGGUACCUUCAAGUCAACCCAAGGUCCAGGUCUUUGUCUGCAGUGCCCUCCUAACAGCCGCUCCACAGCUGAGGCUGCCACCAUCUGUGUGUGCCGCAAUGGCUACUACCGUGGGGACGGCGAUCAGCCAGAUGAACCCUGCACCAGCGUCCCAUCCAGCCCAAGAAAUGUGAUCUCCAUCGUGAAUGAGACCUCAGUGAUCCUAGAGUGGCACGCUCCCAGGGAGACGGGCGGCCGCGAUGACGUCGUCUACAACAUAGUGUGCAAGAAGUGCCGAGCCGACCGGCGCUCCUGUUCCCACUGCGAUGACAACGUGGAUUUUGUUCCCCGACAGCUGGGCCUGACAGACACCAGGGUGUUCAUCAGCAACCUGUGGGCUCACACCCUCUACAGCUUCGAGAUACAGGCGGUCAAUGGCGUCAGCAAUAAGAGCCCAUACCCAGCACAGCACGUCUCCAUAGACAUCACCACCAACCAGGCUGCUCCCUCAAUCGUUCCCAUCAUGCACCAAAUCAGCUCCACCAUGAAUAGCUUCACACUGUCCUGGCCUCAACCUGAACAGCCCAAUGGCAUCAUCCUUGACUAUGAGCUGCGCUAUUACGAAAAGGACCACGCAGAGACUAACUCCACCAUCCUGCGGAGCCAAACUAACACAGCUCGUGUGGAGGGCCUGAGGCCGGGUACAGUCUACGUGGUACAGGUGCGGGCGCGGACGGUGGCUGGCUUUGGCAAAUACAGCAGCAAGAUGUGCUUCCAAACCCUCACAGAUGAUGACUUCAAGUCUGAGCUGAGGGAACAGCUUCCUCUGAUUGCGGGGUCAGCAGCAGCAGGAGUGGUCUUUAUUGUUUCCCUUAUCGCUAUCUCCAUCGUGUGCAGCAGGAAAAGAGCAUACACCAAGGAGGCGGUAUACAGUGAUAAGUUGCAACAUUACAGCACAGGAAGAGAACUCUCUUUGCGAGCCGACAUGUCUAAUUGCCCCUCCCCACUGGGCUGCCCGACCCACUUCUCAGGCUCCCCGGGAAUGAAGAUCUACAUUGACCCCUUCACCUACGAGGACCCCAACGAAGCUGUGCGAGAAUUCGCCAAGGAGAUCGACGUCUCCACUGUCAAAAUAGAAGAGGUCAUCGGUGCAGGUGAAUUUGGGGAGGUGUACAAAGGUCGCUUGAAGCUGCCCGGUAAGAGGGAGCUCUAUGUGGCCAUCAAGACCCUGAAGGCUGGCUACGUCGAGAAGCAGAGGCGGGACUUCCUGUCUGAGGCAUCAAUCAUGGGCCAGUUCGACCAUCCAAACAUUAUCCGUCUGGAGGGUGUAGUCACAAAGAGCCGUCCUGUCAUGAUCGUCACAGAGUUUAUGGAGAAUGGUGCUCUAGACUCCUUCCUCAGGCAAAAUGACGGUCAGUUCACAGUGAUCCAGUUGGUGGGAAUGCUGCGCGGGAUCUCAGCAGGGAUGAAAUACCUCUCAGAGAUGAACUAUGUCCAUCGUGACCUGGCUGCACGGAACAUUCUCGUCAACAGCAACUUGGUGUGUAAAGUGUCUGACUUCGGCCUGUCACGCUACCUACAGGACGACACCUCUGAUCCCAGCUAUACCAGCUCUCUGGGUGGGAAGAUACCAGUGAGGUGGACAGCACCAGAGGCCAUCGCUUACAGAAAGUUCACCUCGGCCAGUGACGUGUGGAGUUACGGCAUUGUCAUGUGGGAGGUGAUGUCAUUUGGAGAAAGGCCUUACUGGGACAUGUCCAACCAGGAUGUGAUUAAUGCUAUUGAGCAGGACUACCGUCUACCGCCACCCAUGGACUGCCCCAGUGCCUUGCACCAGUUGAUGCUGGACUGUUGGCAGAAAGACCGCAACGUACGACCCCGCUUCACCGACAUCGUCAGCACCCUGGACAAGAUGAUCCGUAACCCCACCAGCCUCAAAGCCGUAGCCAACAUUCCUGCAGUGCCUUCUCAGCCACUGCUGGACAGAUCCAUACCUGACUUCAACACCUUCAGUUCUGUAGAGGACUGGCUCGCUGCCAUUAAGAUGAGCCAAUACAGAGACAACUUCCUCAACUCAGGCUUUACCUCCCUGCAGCUGGUGGCUCAGAUGACCUCAGAGGACCUGCUGAGAAUAGGUGUGACCCUGGCAGGUCACCAGAAGAAGAUCCUCAGUAAUAUCCAGUCCAUGAGGGUGCAGAUGAGCCAGUCGCCUACAACUAUGGCAUGACUACAGGGGGCGCUGUGCCACGGAACGGGCAGCAUUCGCAGGACCGGCAACAGCAGCAGCCCUCGAAUGACCCCCGAUCCAUCGGAACGCGCCAGAGUCGAGACUAUUGUCUUAAUCUAAUCCACUACCAUAAAAACAGGAGACCAGGGUCAACACUAUCAUGUGGUUAACAACUGUCACUCUUCAUGCAAUCAGCGCCAGGCGUUCAGGGUCCAGACUCGAUACUGUUUCUUCAUUUAUCGCAAAAGGAAGACAGACGUCAGUUGUUGUGGUUAUGAACUACCAUUCAUGUCACUGUAAACCAAAAUAACUCCAACAACCUGACAUCAACACAGGGAACAUCUCACAAAUUUCAGACUGUGUGGUAAAACGAGUGAUAUUGUACUUCUGUAUUAUCUGGUCUAGAAGCUGUUAAAACUGUAAACUGAAGUGUGAGACAUUUAGAAACGUGUGACCUGUGAUUUUACCCAUACUGUCGUUUUUGUGUGCAAUGAAGAUGCCUUGACCUGGCGAGAAAUAAGCCCCAGAAGAAGAAGAAGAAGAAGAAACUACCAGUAGAAAUAAUUAGAGGGAGACGUAUACAGGGAUGUACAGCGGAGCACCAUUUUCAACUUUCGCAUCUUUUACUUCUUUGAAGAUUUUUGAAAAAGUGUAUCGUAAAAUGAACUGGUGAAGAUUCAGAGCUUAGUUCUAUUUUUGUCUUUUACCAUCCGUUUGUUUCUUUAUCACUAUAGCAAGAUGCCGCCCACUUGUAUUUUAACUUUAACACUACCUGUGGAGUCCUGGGUGGAAGGCCUCGCCAAAGGACUUCUGAACCAGCCCCACCCAGAUUCAGAGAGUAUAAAUAUGUUUAUCUCUUGCUAAAUAUGAUUAUAUCUUUCAUAAUAAACCUUCAUAUUGAAGGUGAUAUAUAUGAAUAUGUAUGUACAGAACUUUCUGCUUGCAUUUUUGGCAAAGACAUGUUGACUAGAUUGUGAUAGACACAUGCAAUGUGUAGAUUCCUAUGGUGCCCUGGUUUCCUUUGGACAAUUGAACAGCAGCCACUGGAUUGUGCAUCUCCAUGUACCAGGGGCUCAAGGACACAUUUGACUGAAUCUUAACUGGAGAUAAUGUAAAAGGAAACAUGGGCAAAGAAUUGGUAUUGUAGAUCUGUAUGAAAAUUGUUGUAGGAGUUAAAAUAAUUGACAAAAUAUCCAUUUACUGGAGAUCAUGUUAAAUGUGGGUGUACACAUGCUGUCUCUUGCUGGUGAGCACUUACUUGUACAGAUAUGUUUUAUGUUUCAUUUUCUUUUUGACCUGUUUGUUGUUUGUGUUGGGAGCGGUCAGCACCAUCCAGAGGGGAGAGGGGGGAUCGAAGCUCCAUUCCUCAGCCGGCCCGAAUCUCUGACUGGCAACUCAAAAGAUUUACACACUUAUAAAACAGUAUACACCCGACACUUCACAGCCACACACACACACACACACACACACACACACACACACCGAGAACACUAAGAAGAGUUGCUGUGGCCAGCCAAUGAGGAGGAAGAUAAAAUGAGACCUUUCCAGUAUAACAGUCAUAACCUCUCUGUGAUACACAGUGGAUGGGGGAGCUGAUUAUGAGUGUGCACAUGUCAUUAUUUGUUUGUUUGUGUGUUUGAGAGGAAGUGGAUGUAUGUUGUUUGCAUAUCAGGCACAUUUGUGUGUACAGACAUCAAUGUGUGCACAGGUACAUUGUUUAAAAGCGUGAAUGGUCUCCUUUUUUUAUUUUCUUCUGUAUAGCUGCCACUUGUAAAUUGUGACAAGUACGUGUCAAGAGUUUGUAAGCUGUAACUUUCUGAGAACUAUUGUACUAAAAUGCACUCAAUAAACGCCUUGGAAAACAAGUCAA